GACUCGCCUGCAAGUGUCCUGAGUCUACUGUAAGAAAAGGAGACAAAGGUUUCAAAGCGUACCUCGGAAAUCACCCUUAGAAGGAAGGAAGAAAGGAAGGAAGGAGAUCCUGCCGCCUACCUUGUGCGUAAGGUAUACGAAGGCUGUCUUUCACGUUUUGUCUAUCCAAGGAUGUUGCCUGACAUUCAGGAGUAAUACAACUGCUACUGAGGAGCCGAUCCGUCCUGGGGAAACAGAAGACAGACUUCAGAGGAGGAAUUCUUAGAUUACGUAGGACUUGAAACUCGGCUUUCUUCUGGCAAGGCAUGGAGGCACACACAUGGUUUUCAUAUAGAAUAUAAUACCUAGUCUAUUACACUCCAGAAAAUACCCACACAAACAAACCUAGGCUCUGCUGCAAAAGAACGGAGACCCUUCAGCCUGAUCCCAAGUGCGUUUUCUCAGAAGUAAGCCCCAGUGAUUUUUAUGGGACUUGCUCCCUACCAAGUGUACAUAGUAUUGCAGCAUUAGUCAUUUUUCUUCCAGGUAACACCCCCCCCCCCACAAGCUUUAUGAUGGGGUUGAAUAGCAACUACGAAUUGGAUCCUGGCAACAACUUCAGUUCAUAAUGGUAUGUCAUUGUUGUCUUAUCUUAUGGAGCAGGAAAAUCGCAUUCUUCCUGAGGAUUGUCUCCUAUGAAGCUGUGAGUCAAGAGGCUGCAUUUCCAGAUGAAAAGUUUGCUUUGUACGGGAUUAACCUCCAUUCUUUGUCCGUUCUUUCUCACAAAGAAAGGAAAGGUAAUUAAAGUGACCACUGAUGAAUAUGUGCUUGAGAAGGAAGAAAAAGCAAUAUUUGUUUCUAAAGGACAGCAUGGCAAAACAAUGUGAAGUUUUGCAUUUCCUCUUAAAAACUGAUCUAGCCCAGAUGACAAGAAAGUCACUUUUGACUAAGCUGUUCCUACUGUCAAAAAUGCUGCACAUGAAGAUGCUUUAAUUUAUACUUUGGAUUUUCCAAGGGGAACCAUUGCCUUCAUUUAGGAUAACUUAUUAAAUGUACAUGAUUACUUUUGUGUUUUUUUUUUAAAAAAACAUGCAAGUGAAUUGCAUUAAUGGAUGGACACAUAGCUAGAAAAACCUUCUGGAAAUUCUGUCCUCGAAUCCUGGAGAUUCUCACACGUGUGGAAUACAGUAUUUUUUUGCAAUAGCCCAUGUCACUAACUGAUGCUGCAGUUGUUGUGGAAUGUAUCUAUGAAUACCGUAACAGAUUAAGCUUUCAGACGAGGAAAAAGACUGAUGCUGAUAGAACUAUGAACAUGAUGCAUGUGAACAAUUUUCCAUUCAGGAGGCAUUCAUGGAUAUGUUUCGACGUCGACAAUGGCACCUCAUCGGGACGGAGUCCCCUGGAUCCCAUGACGAGCCCUGGAUCAGGGCUGAUUCUCCAGGCUAAUUUUGUUCACAGUCAACGUAGGGAGUCCUUCCUCUACCGGUCAGAUAGCGACUAUGACCUGUCUCCAAAGUCCAUGUCUAGGAACUCCUCCAUUGCCAGUGAUAUACAUGGAGAUGACUUGAUUGUGACACCUUUUGCUCAGGUGCUGGCCAGCUUACGUACUGUACGGAAUAAUUUUGCUGCAUUAACCAACCUCCAAGAUCGAGCACCCAGCAAACGGUCACCCAUGUGUAACCAACCAUCCAUCAACAAAGCAACCAUAACAGAGGAGGCCUACCAAAAACUGGCCAGCGAGACCCUGGAGGAGUUGGACUGGUGCCUGGACCAGCUGGAAACCUUGCAGACCAGGCACUCCGUCAGUGAAAUGGCCUCGAACAAGUUUAAAAGAAUGCUCAAUCGAGAGCUAACACACUUAUCUGAAAUGAGCCGAUCGGGCAAUCAGGUCUCUGAAUAUAUAUCCAACACAUUUUUAGACAAACAGCAUGAAGUGGAAAUCCCAUCCCCAACACAGAAAGAGAAAGAGAAGAAGAAACGGCCUAUGUCUCAGAUCAGCGGAGUGAAGAAACUGAUGCACAGUUCCAGCUUAACAAAUUCCAGCAUCCCCAAAUUUGGAGUUAAAACUGACCAAGAAGAUACUCUGGCCAAGGAACUAGAAGAUGUAAACAAAUGGGGCCUCCAGGUGUUUAAAAUAGCUGAAUUAUCUGGGAACAGACCUUUGACAGUCAUCAUGUACACCAUUUUCCAGGAACGGGAAUUAUUAAAAACAUUUAAAAUUCCACCAGACAUGUUAAUAACCUACUUGAUGACACUGGAGGAUCAUUACCAUGCAGAUGUGGCAUAUCACAACAACAUACAUGCUGCAGAUGUUGUACAGUCUACACACGUGCUGUUGUCAACCCCAGCUUUGGAGGCGGUAUUCACAGAUCUAGAGAUUUUGGCUGCUAUUUUUGCCAGUGCAAUACAUGAUGUUGAUCAUCCCGGAGUUUCAAACCAAUUUCUUAUCAACACAAACUCUGAGCUCGCUUUGAUGUACAAUGAUUCCUCAGUCCUGGAAAACCAUCAUUUAGCUGUGGGCUUCAAGUUACUGCAGGAGGAGAAUUGUGACAUUUUCCAGAAUUUGACAAAAAAGCAGAGGCAAUCGUUGAGAAAGAUGGUCAUUGACAUUGUGCUUGCAACAGACAUGUCUAAGCAUAUGAAUCUAUUAGCCGAUUUGAAAACGAUGGUUGAAACCAAGAAAGUGACUAGCUCCGGCGUUCUGCUUCUUGAUAACUAUUCAGACAGGAUUCAGGUUCUACAAAAUAUGGUACACUGUGCAGAUCUAAGCAAUCCAACAAAGCCACUUCAGCUGUAUCGCCUAUGGACAGAUAGGAUAAUGGAAGAAUUCUUUCGUCAGGGAGAUCGAGAAAGAGAGAGAGGCAUGGAGAUCAGUCCCAUGUGUGAUAAGCACAAUGCAUCAGUAGAAAAAUCACAGGUGGGUUUUAUAGACUACAUUGUUCACCCUCUCUGGGAGACCUGGGCGGACCUUGUACACCCAGAUGCCCAGGACAUCUUAGACACGUUGGAGGACAAUCGUGAAUGGUACCAGAGCACAAUCCCUCAGAGUCCUUCUCCUGCCCCAGAUGACCAAGAGGAGGGUAGACAGGGCCAAACAGAAAAAUUCCAGUUUGAACUAACCCUGGAGGAAGAUGGUGAGUCAGACACAGAAAAGGACAGUGGAAGCCAAGUGGAAGAAGAUACCAGCUGCAGUGACUCCAAGACUCUUUGCACCCAAGACUCAGAAUCCACUGAAAUUCCCCUUGAUGAACAAGUGGGAGAGGAAGUGGUGGAGGAAGAAGAAGAGGCGGAGGGCCAGACAGAACCUUGUGUGCUAGAAGAACGUUCUCCUGACACGUAACAGUGCGACGGCUUCGGAGCUCUCUUGGUUCUCCUCCCUCUCUUUUUCUCUUUUUAAAAAAUGAAAAUGGUUUCCCAAGUGCAUGUCACACGGCACAACCAUGGUCACGCCUCACCGUCAUCUGCCAGAGAUGUUUUGUUGAUCAAAAACUGACCUUGACUACUCAGUUUGGCACUCAGGAAUAUUGUAACCAGAAUUGUUCAUCUCCAUGGCAUCAGAGAGCAAAGGAAAACACCUGCAGAGAACAGUUUAAUAAGAGUUCAACUUGGCAGAUAUGAUCAGAGAGUGUGUCUACUCCAAGCUGUUUUCAAAACGAGUAAAGGCUGGUCCAAAGCUAGUGUGUGUGCGUGUGUGUGUGCGUGUGUGCAUGUGUGCGCGUUUGUUUUGUAUUGGAUUUUAAUUUAAUGAGAGAGGCAAUUAGUAGCAUACAUCAGCAGAGUCUAAAGAAAGCGGCCAGCGAGUGAACCAAGGUUUCAAGUGGAAAAGUAAAUGCACUCAGAUAAUGGGACACAACAAGAAUCUGUUACCAGUAGGAAGAUGAAGCUGUGGAAAUCGCAUAAUUUUCUAAUUUCAAGUCUUCCUGACACAUGACUGAAAAAAGUGUGGCUCAGUGGGUCGCACUGACGUCUGCAUUUUGUAUAAUAUGUAAAACGGAAAUCUUUUUGUAGAGUUUACUUUUAUUAUUAAAUGUAUUGAGGUAUUAUAUUUAAAAGAAUGCAACACCCUCAGAACUUCAUCUGCCACUGGUUCUUUCUCCUCCCCACCCCCAAAAGAGUAACUUGCAAGUUUUCAAUACAAAUAUAUGCUACACUGGAUAAAUCAAAUUUUAUAUUUGUUUGCACUUAGAUUUUCAUAGCAAUUCAUCAAGCUGUUAUAAAGUAACCCUUUGUUUUAUAGACCAAUUAGAUCUAUGAAAUCCUCUUUUCAUCCCCUCCCUUUCUGUGUGGCAGAAAACACUUUGUUGGCAUUAAUUUCUGGCUUUUUUCUUCUUCAUUGUAAUUUUUCAAAAGCAGCAAUACAUCAUUUGUGAUGAGCUCUUUGUCCUCAGAGAUGGCUUAGUCCUGCACACCCAGCCUUCAUGGCUGUGGGCGUACUGUGCUCAACCAAAAAAUUCUUUCUGAUAUCUAGUUGACCACUAGAGUAGCAGUUUCCCAAAAUUCAGGUUGUGGCAGGAGACCUGAGGAUGGAGCACUAAGCUCCCUACGGUGGAUGCAGUGGGAUUCCGAGAGUGGGAGGCGAUGACAACUAAUAGGGUCAGUAGUUGGGACUUCCAAGAAAGCUCCAAAACCAAGAUAGAACUCCAAUGGCAACUCACAGCCAUAGCCAGUAUGAAUGUGACUUUCUUGUUAUAAAUGCACAUCUUUUAUUUUCUCAUUAAAUUAUUCCCAUUUCCAUAAGGCCAUUUCUGACUGUGCUUGUGACAUCAUUAAUGGUCUGUCCUAGACACAUGCUGUGACAGCAAAUAAAUAAUUAAAAUGGGAGGUGUAUAGACUGUUGUGACGGCACAGCACUGCAGCUACAUUUGUACAAACAGUUAAAACGGGAAUGUGCACAAACAUUCCUAGUGGAAUGUCCAUUGUAUUGUGUCAAAAACUGCCUGAGCCUUCCUACCCCCUGCCCUUCAUCUGUUUUGUCAACCUUGAUGGCUUUUUGUAAGAUCUGGGCAGAAAACACUGUUAAAGGUCAGCCCAAUUAGGGCCUUUUAAAAAUGUGUAGCUCUUGACCUUGAUUACAGCAAGACAUCUAACAUUAUUUU